UAUUGUUACCAGCGUGUAUAAUGUCAUUCCGAAUCGAAGAUAUUUUGAAAACGGACUUUUCCUCCCGUGCAAAAUCACCGCCCAAAUUCAGUAAUAGUGGCGAAAAAGUGAGCGUAAGUUCUAAAAAUGUGACCAGUGAUGUACGUAACUACAGUAUUUUACAACAAACACUUUUAAGUCAAUAUAAUUCUAUUAACCCUUUCGAUUAUUAUUCAUGUGAACAAUUUUAUUCUGCGGGAACAUGUGAUAAAAUUGGAUAUUUUCCUAGCAACUAUCCAGAUUAUUGUUACCCAAAUGCUUACCAAUAUCUACCUAUCUACUCGCGAAGCAGACAUUACCAAAGCUAUGAGUCUCUGUCGCACUUAUAUCAGAUGGCAUCAAAAAGGAAAGGGGGGCAGGUUCGUUUCACAUCCAUACAAACAGAAGCAUUAGAAAAAAGGUUUGUUUCGCAUAAAUAUCUCAGCCCAGAAGAUAGAAAAAUUUUAGCCGACUCCUUGAAACUGACAGAUAAACAGGUAAAAACUUGGUUUCAAAACCGAAGAGCAAAGUGGAGACGAUCAAAUAGCACUUCGUCCAAUUGCACCGACACGGAAUACGAAAAACUUGACGAAACCGACUCGGAGAAAGCAUUUUGCGAUGGUUUUAUUGCUUAGUAAAAUAAUAGUAACCAAAUAAUGAACCAUUCAGUAUUUAUGGAAACUUAUUUUGUAUAAGGAAAAUUGUCAUUGCAAUAACUAACUAAAUUUUCCUUUCACAAAAGUAUUACGCUUAAAUACAGUUUUUUUUGUAUA